AUGGAGGCCAUCUGGCUGUACCAGUUCCGGCUCAUUGUCAUCGGGGAUUCCACAGUGGGCAAGUCCUGCCUGAUCCGCCGCUUCACCGAAGGCCGCUUUGCCCAGGUUUCGGACCCCACCGUGGGAGUGGAUUUCUUCUCCCGACUGGUGGAGAUCGAGCCGGGGAAACGCAUCAAGCUCCAGAUCUGGGAUACCGCGGGUCAAGAGAGGUUCAGGUCCAUCACUCGAGCCUACUACAGGAACUCAGUAGGUGGUCUUCUUUUAUUUGACAUUACCAACCGCAGGUCCUUCCAGAAUGUCCACGAAUGGUUAGAAGAGACCAAAGUACACGUGCAGCCCUACCAAAUUGUCUUUGUUCUGGUUGGUCACAAGUGUGACCUGGAUACACAGAGGCAAGUGACUCGACACGAAGCUGAGAAACUGGCCGCUGCAUACGGUAUGAAGUACAUUGAAACGUCAGCGCGAGACGCCAUUAAUGUGGAGAAAGCUUUCACAGACCUGACGAGAGACAUAUAUGAGCUGGUGAAGAGGGGGGAGAUUACAAUCCAGGAGGGCUGGGAAGGGGUGAAGAGUGGGUUUGUACCAAAUGUAGUUCACUCUUCAGAAGAGGUUGUCAAAUCAGAGAGGAGAUGUCUGUGCUAG